AUGUCGGUGACGACGACAGAUAACCCGGUGACCACCACCAUUGCCGAGACGUUGCAAGACUAUGAAAUUCACCUGACUGGCGAGCGCGAUCUGCCGCCGCGACACGUCUGGGUCCCUCUAAACGACCACAGAGCACCACCAGCAGACAACCCAGAGGGCUGGUUGAAUACCUACCGCGGGGUGCCCAACUACCGUCCCAUCAACACCGAGCUGGAUAGAACUGCGAGGCCGUGGGGAUCCAAUGGUGUCGAAAACUGCUUUGUGUUUCUCAUGCUGAAUGGGGUCUGGUUGACGGGUGUUUGCAAGUACUAA